AUGGGCUCAGCAGCUCCCUCAAUGUUCCACCCAAGGCGCAAGGAUGUCGAUAUCGAAGCAGCUGAAGACUUACUGCAUGUAGCCCGCAGUAACGGAUCCCAACCCAUCAAGGGACCUCCCACCACCUCUAUUCCUACAUAUGGCCCUCCACCAGCGCAAGUACCGCACCCUCCACUGCCAAUCCAGACCGCGGCCUAUCCACACUUCACGCAGCCUUUCUCGCCUCCUGGUGGCCCUAACCAACAUCGAGUAUAUGAUCCAAUAAGCGAGCAGAGAUUACCUUUACAGCACGAUGCGCGGGCCCCUGAUCCCUCCGCCACCCUUCCGUACUCCCAGCUUCAUGAGCCAACCAGCUUCAAUGGCAGUCAUCAGUCAAGCCAUAGCAAUGCCAUGCAACAUGAAGCGCCUCAGAGGAAUACCAGCUUCGAUGCAACGAGCCCCCGCGGCUCUGGUGAGCGCGCCCGAUCAGAUGGAUGGAAUCACCGAUCCAGCAACGAUGCCGGGAGUCAAAUUAACGUGAAGGAUGAGCCGGACUUUAAACCAUCUUGGGCUUUUGAAAAGACAAAGGCAGGAAAAGAGAGGAAAAGGCUACCCCUGGCAUGCAUAGCAUGUCGAAGAAAGAAGAUUCGAUGUUCCGGCGAAAAGCCCAACUGUAAGCAUUGUACAAGAGCUCGAAUGCCGUGCGUCUACAAGGUGACAACGAGGAAGGCUGCUCCAAGGACAGAUUACAUGGCCAUGCUUGAUCGUCGAUUAAAGAGGAUGGAAGAACGGGUGAUCAAGAUCAUUCCUAAAGAAGACUCCUAUAAGGCAUCGGACGUACCCAGAGCUACAGUCAAACCUCCCAUCUCCAAGCAUGUCUCAGGCUCCAAGAAGAGAGGAUUGGAGGAAGCAUUUGGGGGACAAGGCGACGAAUGGACAAAAGCGAAGUUCAAGCCCCCCAAGUCAAAAUCCGACAGUCUUGAAGAAGACGGCAAAAACAUCAUGGAAGGCGCAGUGCAUCUGCCAUCUGUAGAGCUUCAAGAACAUUUGUCUGAAGUUUUCUUCGAUCAGGUGUACGGACAGGCUUACUUUCUAAUGCAUAAACCGAGCUACUUCAGGAAACUACGUGCUGGCACCCUUCCUCCUGUGAUAGUCCUUACAGUUUGCGCCGUCUCAGCGCGUUUCUCAACCCAUCCCCAAGUCAACUCGGAGCCUGCGUAUCUCCGAGGAGACGAGUGGGCUGCUCCUGCACGAGAGUUGGUACUGAAACGAUAUGAUGAACCGAAUAUCUCUACGCUGACCGCUACUGUGAUCCUUGGCCUGCAUGAAUUUGGAACUUGCCAAGGCGGCAGGAGCUGGAUGUUCGCUGGUAUGGCAACACGCAUGGCACAUGCGUUGCAACUGCACCGAGAUUUGGAUCGCUAUCCUCUAGGCAGGAAAAGCAACGACAAAAACGAGUUCAGCUCUACAGAUCGUGAGAUCCGACGAAGGACAAUGUGGGCCUGCUUUUCAAUGGAUCGCUUCACAUCCUCAGGCACCGAGAGACCAGCGUUAUGUAAUGAAGAUGCCAUCAAGGUUCAACUACCAAUCAGAGAAGACAAAUUCCAGAUGGAGAUUCCUGCAAUCACCGAGAAUCUCGCGGGUGAGGUCUACAAUGACAAAAUGACUAAUUCAAGCCAACCUUCAGAUCCCAGGGAAAACAUGGGAGUUGCGGCCUACAUGAUACUUUCCAUCGCCCUUUACGGUAGAGUCAUCAAAUACCUGAACAUGGGAGGCAAAAGCAAGGAUCCUUGUCCGGCAUGGGAGUUGACCUCUCACUGGGCGGAUUUGAAACGUCAAGCAUUGGAAUUCAAAGCGUCCUUCCCUCCAGAGCUCCACAACACGAAAGAGAACCUUCAAAAUCAUGCGGCACAACAGCUCGCAAGCCAAUUCAUCUUCCUGCAUGUAACUUCGAAUCAGAUCAUCUUGUUCUUGCACCGAUUUGCCGUCCCCACUUCUCCUGGCGGUCGUGCUCCAAGCGAAAUGCCAAAGGCUUUUUUUAAUGACUCUUAUCAGACUGCGAUGGACUCCGCAAACAAAAUAUCAACACUACUUGCUUGUGCAGAAGAAUAUUCCGUCAAUGCGCCUUUCAUGGGAUACUGUGCCUUCUCUUCUAGCACAGUUCAUAUUUGGGCUGUGUUUUCUGGUACUGCUGCGACUAAAGCGACGUCAAGCAAACACCUUGCAGACAAUGUGAAAUAUCUUCGAAAAAUGCGGAAAUACUGGGGUCUCUUCCAUUUCAUGGCGGACAAUUUGAAAGAAAUCUACCUUCGGCAUUCGGAUAGAAAUCAAGAUCGCACCAAAGAAGAAGCGGCCAUCUUCCAAUUUGGAGACUGGUUUGACCGAUAUCCACAUGGCGUCACUCACGCCAGCAUAGACCAAGCAGGCACAAAAGUCAAGAAGGAGCCCAACGAGGAUGAGACUCUCAGUCAAAAAUCUGAUUUGCAAAAAGUCGCGGAUUUCUUCGAGACUUUGUCGCCGCCUACCAAGUCCGCGCAGGUCAGGAAGCAGAAGAGGGCCCCAAAAAUGGCAUCUUCGGGUAACAAACGCAGCUCUCAACCACAGAUCACCAAUCCUCAGCUCGAAAAUACUGAACAAGUACACCCAGUUCCUAUCUCAAUUCCAGAUGCUCAAGCCUCCAUGACGCCUUCUCAAUUCACUCCAUCAAAUCCAAUGUUUCAGACGGCAGGCACCCCUUACUCUACGCCGACCGAUUUGAUGCAAUUUCCCAAUCAAGCACUUCUCCCUCAACUUGAUCGCCAGAUCGUAUGGAACGCGUACAAUGGGCAGCACCCAGCAUCGUCUACCAGUGCAUCAGCACUCAACGCAAACAGCCCAUCAAUGUUCAACUCGGUGAACCCUGGAGAGAUGUGGGAUGCAAGUCCACCGAUGGACAUGAGCCAAGAGCCGAUGAUGAUGGGUGUUAAUGGGGACGACUAUAUGAACGACCCUAACACAGGAGCAUGGUUCAUGCCGUUCAACGUACCUCCACCUGGAGGAUAUAAUGCUCCCGGAUGA